AUGUCACGGUCUUCUCAUAUUCAGUAUCAGGAACUGGGGGGAUGGUCAACACCUGCUCAGCCCAUCCCUCAGGAGGACCCGGUGCGGGGCAUAUGGAAAUUCCUUGCAGGUGUGUCGUCGCAUUUGGCCCUCAUAGGGUUUCUGGUGAUUUCUCUGGCUUUCGGAAGUCCAGAGAACCCUCCACAUGUCAACAAGACAGCCACAGUCGUGGUUUCAGCUGUCUUAAUCGGCAUCGCAUAUUCGUUAUCGUUUUGCCUGGUUCUUUUACAUAUUCAUGACCGAAUUUUCUUGAUACAUUCGGUAUUAAUGUAUGUUUUUUUUUUUUUUGGUCCUAGGAUGCGUCCUCUAUAUGCUAUCUGUUGUCCUACGCUGACCUCUUCCGGACCUUGCCUAAUAUCCAACCUAUUCGCAUUAUUCAAUGUCGUUCUUAAUAUCCUCUGUCGCAAUUUUCUACCAAUGGGCCUCCUGGAAACGUUGAGCAUGAGUUUCUCCGCCACAUUUGCAUUCCUUUACGCCCUGGGUGCGCUCUGGUUAUAUGCACGUGAUGUCAAUGAAGGCAUUCGAGUCGAGUCGAACGGUGCCACGAUUCUUCUGACGGACGAGGAGAUGCAGCGACAGCAGCUACAACGACUGCUAGAGCAGAACUCUCCACGGAAAGUCCUGAGCCCUAAGGCGAUGCAGAAGACGUUCCGUGUCAAUGUGCCUGCACGAUUAAAUUCAUUCAUGCCUCCGCCCCGCGAGGGGGGAUACUAUGGUUGA